AUGAACCUCGUGGGCAGCUACGCACACCAUCACCACCAUCACCACCCACACCCCGCGCACCCCAUGCUCCACGAGCCCUUCCUCUUCGGCCCGGCCUCGCGCUGCCACCAGGAGCGGCCCUACUUCCAGAGCUGGCUGUUGAGCCCGGCUGACGCAGCCCCGGACUUCCCUACUGGCGGACCUCCGCCCACCGCCGUGGCAGCCGCCGCCACCUAUGGUCCUGACGCCAGGCCUGGCCAGAGCCCUGGGCGGCUGGAGGCGCUCGGGGGCCGCCUGGGCCGACGGAAGGGCUCAGGACCCAAGAAGGAGCGGAGACGCACCGAAAGCAUUAACAGCGCGUUCGCCGAGCUGCGCGAGUGCAUCCCCAACGUGCCCGCUGACACCAAGCUCUCCAAGAUCAAGACCCUGCGACUGGCCACCAGCUACAUCGCCUACCUGAUGGACGUGCUGGCCAAAGAUGCCCAGGCUGGAGACCCCGAGGCUUUCAAGGCUGAACUCAAGAAGGUGGAUGGCGGCCGUGAGGGCAAACGGAAAAGGGAGCUGCAGCAACACGAAGGCUUUCCUCCCGCCCUGGGCCCAGGAGAGAAGAGGAUUAAAGGGCGCACCGGCUGGCCGCAGCAAGUCUGGGCUCUGGAGUUAAACCAGUGA